AUGGAAACUGCUCCUGUUGCUUAUUCAAAUGUUGAAUUGAUAUGUCAAGGUGCUGAAGCACGUUUAUAUCGUUGUUUAUACUUUGGUCGUUGUUCAAUAAUCAAAGAACGUUUUAUUAAAACCUAUCGUCAUCCUGAACUUGAUCGUACAAUAACUUCUCAACGUUUAAGAAAUGAAGUUCGAUUAUUGACACGUGCAAAACAAUUAGGUAUCCAUACGCCAUCUAUUUAUCAUAUUGAUUUGGAUAAACGUCUUAUUGUUAUGGAAGAACUUGUUAAAUGUAAAACCGUUAAGCAAACUAUUGAUGAAUAUAUUACGAAUGAUGAUAGACAAAAUUUGGAAAAAUUGGCUCGAGAAAUUGGUCAUAUUAUAGCACGUUUGCAUGAAUCUCAGAUAGUCCAUGGUGAUUUAACAACAUCGAAUAUGUUACUGAUACCACCUUACAAUAAUCCUGAACAAGAUUUAUAUCUGAUUGAUUUUGGUCUUAGUUCAUUUGUAUCGAGUAAACAACAAAUAUUGGAAAAUAUAGCUGUAGAUUUAUAUGUACUUGAACGAGCCGUGAUAUGUACACAUGAAAAAGCAAAAAAUUUUUUUCAAAAUAUUUUAACAUCAUACAGACAAGCAAUUAAAGAUGAAAAGCAACGAGAACAAAUAAUUAAAAAAUAUGACGAAGUUAGAAUGAGAGGAAGAAAGAGAAGUAUGGUGGGAUAG